CACUGACCCUACAGGGGGCUCUGGAUAGACUUUGGGACUGGUCAAUUUUGUGGCACUUGCCCGUUAAUUUAGCGAAAUGUUCCGUUUUACGCGUUGGUCCGAAUGACCCGCCGACGCGUUAUCUACUUGGCGGCAACGAGGUACCGCGAGUUCAACUUCAAUCUGACCUCGGUGUUUUGCUGUCAUCCGACUUUAAGUCCAGUGAAUACUGGACGACAGCUGCUCGCAAAGGUUUCAACAUGUUGUGGAUGAUCCGCAGGUCAUUCGGGAUCAUGACCACCGACAUGUUCGUUGGACUAUUUUCGGCUUUUGUAAGGCCGCACUUGGAACACUGCGUUCAGGCUUGUCCUACAUGCCUGGUCCGGGACGAAUAUGGUGCACGGACUAAAGUAGCUGACGUACCCGGGGAGGCUACGUAAGUUGGAUAUGUUUUCCAUGUAUUACAGGCGGCUUCGGGGCGACUUGGUCCUCACAUAUCGUAUAUUGAUGGGUCAGAUUGGUCCUGAUUUGACUGGACUGUUUCGCCCAACUCCAGUGCCAACCCUUCGUGCCCACCCAUUAAAGUUGCACAAACCCCGGUCUGACCGGGUUUGGGCAGCUUUUCGGUUAUCGCGCAGGGUCAUAGCUUAUUGGAACGCAUUGCCUGCAGACGUCGUGAUGGCACCGACAGUGAAAGAGUUCGAGCAUCGACUUGACGCUGUCGGUCUGCAGUUUAAAGUCUUCCCUUCAUUUCUUAAACUUUUCUUCGUCUACUACGGCCUAGGCUUCUUUAAUUCAUUUUAACUUACAUCUUAAUAUUGCCUACGAUAUUCGAUAAGCUUGUCUUCUCCUCUGUUUCCUU